AUGUCGGCACCGAUGCCGAUCCUCGACGACGCCGGUUUUGGCGACAUCGACGCCCUCCGACUGAAACUCCAGGGGAUGCUGCGAUCCGCGGCGUCGGUCGUCAACAGCGACGCUGCUCAGUGCUCUCCCGAGAAGUGCUCGCCCGACAUGCCGCCAGCAGCAGCGUCGACCAGCACGUUUGAGAGCUGUGGGCUCACGCUGCGCAGCCAGCUGGUUAUGGGAGGCGCGCGGGUCUGGCCGGCGGCGGUCGCUCUCGCGGAACUCCUGCGCGAGAGGCCGAGCCUCUGUCGCGGCGCGAGGGUGAUUGAGCUCGGGGCGGGAGCUGGCGCUCCCGGCCUCGUGUGCGCAGACCUUGGCGCGUCCUUUGUCCUCCUCACCGACGGCGACGCUGACCUCUUGCCUCUUCUCGCGGCUAACGCCGCGAGAAACGGCUUUGCUGCCGUCACGAGAUGUGCCUGCUUCGACUGGCGCGACGCGCGGCAGUUGGCACGGAUCGCCGGCGGAGAGACGGAGGACGCGACUUCCGACGCGGCGGACGGGACCGGGUCGGCAGGCUGCCUCGAGCGAGGGCGAGCCGCCGCGUCCUUCGCCUUCGCGCCGCUCGUUGGUCCGGCAGGAUUGGGCGAGGAGAGCAGCGAAGGAGGCGCGGGAGCAGGCGACUUUGACCUCGUGCUCGCCGCAGACGUCACCUUCUCGUUUGGCGACGUGCGGCCUCUCGCGCGAGCCGCGGCGUCGCUGCUCCGUCGGGCGGAGGGAAGUGGCGACAGGAGCGUGGCUUGA